AUGUCAAGUAUGUUUAUUGAGUGUACUUCACGAGACAACAAACCUAGAAAUGAACCUGCUAAUACAAAUGCGGGAAGACCUAUGGAAGGCUCAGGCAUAUCGAAGAAUCUUGCAAAUGUAUCAGGUGAUGUGCCAGUUGGUGGAACAAUCUCAUUUCAGGUUACAGCUUGUAAACAGCAAGAGGGAGGGCUCAAAAGAGCAAGUGCUGAAACUUUGGUGACUGAUACAUCUGAUAUUGAAGCAAGCACGAGUACGGCUUUAAGCUGCAGGAAUAUAUCAUCAAAUAGUCUCCUCGAUCGGCGGCAACCAUUAGUUACGGAUAACAGCGUUUCCAGAUCAUCGUGCAAACGCAAACCAGCCUUACCAAAAAAACGACCCAGCACUAUGCAGGAGCCUGUGAUCAUAAGUGCUGAAACAGGUGAAGCUGUUGAUGAUGAUACCACUCUUACGGAAGAUUCGGUUUGUUCAUCAGGAAAUGUUAUCGCCGGCAAGGAUUGUAGAUUUGAGAAUAACAAUAUGAAAGGAAAAACUGCAGAAUCAGCUGACUUCUGUAAAGGUGGCACUGAUUUACAACGAUUAUUAUCAACGACAGAGAAAUGUAUACCUCCAAACUUGUGUGGUGCAACGGAUGCAGCGAAUAUUUUGCAUUGUGAUAGCGAGCUCCUAAAUGGUGAAAUUAAAGCGGAACAUUGGGAAACUUCAUCGAUCUCUUCUACUUCCGAUGCACUGAUGAUAGAUACACGGUCAAACAGCUUAUCGUCGUUAGAAGAUGUUAAUGGAAAGCAACAAAAUGUGGAAUCGUCUGUUAUCACAGAUAUAAUUGACUAUGUGGAUUCUACUGAACAUAAUAUGGGUUCAUCAAAGGCUCUUCAUGGACCUGUGGAUAUACAACUUACCGAGAAUUCACCUUCACAAACCGAUAGUUCAGUGGACAGAACAAAUAAAUAUCAAGAAGCGACCGAUACGAAAAUUUGCAAGCUCUCUGAACAAUUUGUGGAUCAACGGAAUGGUUCGAAUAUGUCGAAUUUGAAUGAUGUCUUGAUUUUGAAUGCUGCAGUGAACAGUUUUCUUUGGGCCAAUGCAGCUGCCGGAACGGAUGGAGCAAAUGCUUUCAUCACUCCGGAAAUGCUUGCAUCUCUCUCAGCUGCUGGUUUAUCACCCUCUUUAAGCGUUCCAUGUGCCUCCAAUCUUACCGACAAGCCGUAUGACAGCGUGUUACUUAAAACAGCAAGUUUAUCACCGAAUGGUUCAGCUAUAUCCAUGAAGCACGAGUUACUUAUUAAUAAUGCUCAUUCAACGGCAACGGAUUCAUUGCAUCAGAGAACAGCUUUUGAUUUGGCUGAGCAUGUUGCACCUAAAUUGGUACCAGAACCGGCGGAAUACGUGGAUGUUUGUGAAGUACUUUCUCCGCAGUAUGAAACGUUAAAACCGCUUAUGCCACUACAGCCUAUUUCUGCAAACGAAGCUAUGUUACCUGCAUGUGAAACUUUGCUAUUUAAUCAGCGGGCUGAAUUGGUAACCAAAGCGUCACCAUAUUAUACCAAUGAUGCAAUUCAUCAUUCAUGUGGCGGUUGUGAUAAUUCAUCUUUUCCCGGUUUGAUGAGUGUUGAUCAGCAGCAAAGCGCAAAUAUGUUGCUCUUAGAAGCAGCAGCUGCUGCUACAGCUGCAGGAACGAUACGAGAUUUACUAGGGAUUACAUCAACAAAUGGUAAUGACGCGACAGCGAUUGAUGUUAUGAAUAGCCCUAAACCGAAGUUAUCUGCAGUUCCAUCAACGUCUGCUACGGCGGAAAUUGUUGCUACCAGUACUCCAAACAUCUUUUUUAAUGAUGAUCAUAAUGGAAUCAGCAAAAAACACGAUCAGCGUUUAGGGGAUCAUUCUUCACUCAAUGGUAGAGCAGCAUCUGCCGGUGAAAAUGCUAAUAUGUUGGGUGAUCCAAAACGUCAGUCGAAUAAAGCAGUGAAGUGCAAAAUUAGUGAUAUAAAAUUAAGCGUUAAAAGGAGAGCAAACGAAGAGACUCUGAGCAGUGCAGCACGUGCAAUUACUAAAGAAGAAAAGAUUGAUUUGGAUGAGCUGGAAAAUUUUGCUCAAACAUUCAAAAAGCAACGCAUCAAGUUUGGUUUCACUCAAGGUGAUGUUGGUCUUGCUCUUGGACGCCGUUAUGGAACUGAUUUUUCGCAAACAACUAUAUCACGUUUCGAAGCACUAAAUUUGUCCUUCAAAAAUAUGUGCAAAUUACGGCCAUUGCUCAAAGAAUGGUUGGAGGAUGCAGAAGCGGCAUUGGCCAACGGCGCUACUAUCAGUGAUCUCUUGGAUGCACCUUCUAAAGAGCCAAUUCCACAAUAUCCAACAUCGGUGAUACAUUUGCCACUGAAUAAUAACAAACCGAGCUCUUUAAUGAGCAUUAAUGCAAGCAGUGGUAAUAAAAUGCCAUGCGACGAGUUACCAUCACCAAAUGGAUCUACUGUGUGCAGUUCAGGCGCUGGUGGUGGUGUUCCGCUGAAAAAACGUCGAAAACGAACCAACUUGGAUUUAGCACAGCGUUCAGCACUGGAUGCUUACUUUGACAUGAACCCACGUCCGGACCACGAUAGAAUGGCGGAAAUCGCCGAAUUGGUAGGGCUAGAUCGAGAUGUAGUUCGCGUAUGGUUUUGCAAUCGACGACAGAAACUUCGUAAAGAAUAA